GGCACAGCCACAUGCUCAGCUCACACACUGGAGCUGUCCGGGUGUCUUACUCUUUAUUCCUUUGCUUUCCCCAUCUCAAACAAGCAUUCAUCAUCUCCCCUCCCCUUUCUCGUCUUCGUAUUGUCACAUUCACCAUACGUAUCAGAUAGUCCAUACUGUCUUGCUCUUGUCUACCGUACCUACGUUACUCCACCCGACUCCGCAAUCGACACCAUCCGCAGCCAGGUUUGGUUUGGUGAUCAGAGGUAAUAUGGCUUGACAGCGCUGGACGGAUACUGUAGAGCCAGCCAACCCAACAAACAAGUCGGGUACGUACAACUUGCAUCGAGUAUUCCGCUCUAUCUACCUACCCAGACAAUGCAAGGUCAUUUCCAUGCGGGCAUUAGAGAGUACAAUCAAAACGCUCCUUCCCUUUCUGCCCCUAUGCUACCUACCUUAUGAUAGGAAAUUCAAUUCGUACAUGACUGGACUUGCCCGAAACAUUGGGUUAAUUUCCUUCCUUCCUUCCUUCACUCCUCCGUCUCUUGCCCCAGACACCACUAAUCCGCCCGAUCGAGCAAGUGCACCACCAGCAGCUGUGUCUUCCCUUCCCUACAGACCUACCUACCUGCCUAGGUACCCUUCUCUAUCGCCACUUUUCAUCACCUUCAUCAGUCCUUUUUACCUUCACCACCUUGAUUACUCUUCAUUGCCUUUCGUCCGUGACUCCCCCUCCCCUCAACUGCUGCUACCUACCUAACCCUUCCUCUUUUUAUCCCCCACAUGCCACUCUCUCACACACACUCUCUUACUCUUUCUCACACACACUUGCUCUACCCCCCUUCUCUCAUUUCCCAAUCCGCUUGCUCUUACCCGACUCCGACUCGUUGGAUCGCAUCCCUGACCAACGGCUAUUUUUCGACCAGGGAUCCGCAUCUCUUUACACCUUUGGUCGCACUUUUCAUUUUCCUUCCUUUCUUUUCCCUUUUCUUAUCUGGUUGUUUUGCGUUCUUCCUGCCGUAUCCUGACCCUGGCCAUUUAGAAAGAGAGAAGAGAAGAAAGAAGACAAUAUCCCAUCCGACAACCAAGAAAGGGCGAUCCUGGAACUCAGCCUCACGUCUGCUUCGUCCACCACCAAAGUCCCUUUCCAGUCGGCAUCAUCGGCAUCGUCGUCUACAUCAUCAGCGUCACCACCACCAUCGACAAAUACCCGCCGCCGCCAAAAUCCUAUUCACUCACCCCUCUUUUCUGGUCACUGGCACCAACAGAACGAAGCCCACUCAUUCUCCUCUCCCUCUAGACUCGUUUCGCUGCUGCGCAUUCAAGACACGCGGUGAAGGGUUAUUGUUGGCCUUGCGGAACGACUUCCUCUCAUCCGUUUGCGACCCACAGUUGCUCACUUGGUAGACUUUGAACCCACACAACUCAUCGACCUUGUCAAAAAUCUCAGCUGAUCGUCUCUGCAUCACCAUCGGUAAUCUCGUUAUUGCCGUCCUUUUCUCGUCUGCGGUUCUCGGCUUCCCUGCCUACAGCUCCCGCUCCCGACACUUCAGUCGACUCAUCAACGGCAACAACACUGUGUUCGACGCCUAUCGACGUCACACGUUACCCUUCUUGCCGUUGUUCUAUGAGUUGGGCAGCAGUUUUGUGACCUCUGUUCUGCUCCUGCUGGAAACCAGGGCCUCCAAAUCCCGAGACGGAUGCCUGACACGGCGAGGCCUACAACGGAACCUUGACUUUUGACACGUUGGGCAUGGGUCGACCAUCCUGAUUUCAGUGCUUCAACAUUCAAAGAACCCCCGGCUGAUGGUCUGCAUAAAAACCCGUUGUUCUUGAUCCACAAACAACACCAACUUCCACCGUCAUGGCGAGCACAAGUAAUCCCGGCAUGAACGGUCUGCAGAACGGCCAACCGGACCUGGACCAGGAUCGUAGACGCUGGUUCAAUGACUUUGAGGCAAUCAAAGCCCGCUUCGAAGCAGAGAAGGAAACCAUCAGAUCAAGGUUUCUUCAACAGCAGCGCGACGCAUGCACUGAUCUGGACGACGAGGCUCGCUACGCCGAUAUGCCAGGCCUGCCACCAAAAGCCCAUGACCUCAUCCAGAAGUACCAGAACGAGCUGCGAUCCCACCGCUGGGCUGCCUGUCAACAUAGAUUCGACGAGGAGGAGAAGGAUCGUGUACAGCGCGAAAGGGAUGCUCUCCGAGAGCAUCACAUCCUCUUUCCUAUCCCCGGCCCUUCUGGACACAACGGACACAACGGGCCGAACGCGAGACGACCUUCGACGACGAAGACGACGACUGCGACGCUUCCGAGCCAGACGCCACCGAACGGACGCAUGGCAUUGCCGUCCGAGAUGUUGGCCCGUGCCACUCCCUCGAGCUCGCUAGCCAACACCAUCUCGCAGCCGCGUCAGCCAUUGCCCCAGGGAGGUACGGUGAUGCCUUCGCACACCACUCACCCUAACCAACAUGGACUCUCGAGACAGGCAAACGGAGCGUUGGGGGACGCAAGCUCCACCCAGAUGCAGCACCAGCAGCUUCUCAACCAAACCCGCCAGCCGCAGCAGCCCAUGGGUCAAAGCCAGCGCAACCCGCACAAUCAGCACAUUCCCCACAACCCAAACUGGCCUCAUCAUGGCCAGCCCGGCCCGCAGCAGGGCUCGCCUCGAAUAUCUCCCAUCUACCAGAACCGCCCGGUCAACGGCAGCACGGUAGCUAACGGGCCUCCUCGAGUGCUCGCCUCGCAGGUCCAGCUUCCCAUGCUCGGAAGUAAUCACUACGGCCACAUGCGAAUCAAACCCUCUGCCAGGCCCUUGACCGGUGGUGAUCCAGCUGAAUCAAUGCACGGUAACCGGGUACCUCUGCCGCCGAUCCACACGCCGGCUAUGGGAAACCGUGACGAUAGGUUGCAGGCGCAUAAUGGAAGGAACAUGACGCAGCUCCCUACGCCCCGAGCCGACGAUAUGGCGAGGCAGGCCAUGGACAUUCAUCGGCUGGCCAAGCGGAAGUCCGACGCGAGCGACGUGUCGGCUCGAGACGCGGAAUUCAAGCGAACGAGGCUGGACAGUCCCCAUUCCAUCGCACCUCGGACAAUCACCUUCCAAGAGGUCUAUCAGGACGGCAAGGCGGAAUUCAAGCAUAACAUCGUGAAGUAUGACGAUGUGUUUUACAUCUUGCGCUGCGACGAGCACGGUGUGCACUUCAAGCAAAACGCGCUCGCCGCCGCGGCCAAGCACCUCCACGGUGCUUCGCAUGGCCACCAGAAGAAGGAACACAAGCUGGCCGUCGAGACGAUCGGAUUCCACGUCGUGGACUGCACCGAGGAGCUUGCUGCCCUGAACAACGCGUGCGUCCGCCAGGCAUUCGAGAACGGAUACAAGCCCCUGAAUCAACUACACGGCCCGAAAUCCGGCGGCAAACGACACUCAGGAGGCAUACCGGCCGUGGUGGACUCGUUUGUCGACCGGGCCCCAUCAGUGUCACAAUCGCCAUUUCAGGCCCCGGCCCAAGCCGCUGCGUUGGAAAAUGUCGCCGAGCAGGACGAGACUGAGCAGGGGCACCAGCAGGAGCCCAAACAGGAUGCCAAGCAGGACACCAAGCAGGACACCAAGCAGGACACCAAGCAGGAGGACUCGAUGCCAACAAAGUACAUCCUCAAUCCCAAGGCGGGUGAGCUUUAUCACGCCCGCUGGCCGAGGAGUAGCAAGCUCUACAUCGUCAUGGUCCUUGGCUGGACGGACCUUAGGAUGUGUGGCUGGGAGGCCAAGUUGAGCGAAACCCAGCUCUACGACAAAAAGAUCAGACCAAGCUGCUACACAUAUAACGACGACGGAAUCGCUGGGUGGGCAUCUGGGUUCGGCGACGGUGAACCUCGUGUCCUGGAAAGGGACGUUCCCGUUCUGUGGUUCGAGUCCAAGGGCAAAACUCGGCUCGGCUGGCUAGGAGUCAAGUGGCUUCUGAAGCCCAUGGUCCUUGACGAUCCGAGCCGGCCAACCGAUCCCGACAAUCCAUCCAACCAAGCGCGAAAGACGUAUGCAGAGAUUCGCGGCUACGAUUCCUUCGAGGCCAUGCUUGCCGCUUCGGGCACCGAGGGGGCUGUGCCUACUACCACCAAGGUCCCGUCUUCUGCCUCGGCGUCAGACUCGGAUUCGACUCCCGAUGUGGAUAUGUACGACUUUGGCGACAAUCCGCCGGGGGUCGAUGAUUCCGACGACGAGGACUACGUGGAAGGGAGAAGCCGCAAGGGUAGGGUCACACAAGACGGUGGUGACGAGGACGACGACGAGACGGCGGACGCGGACGAGCGGCCGGUCACACCCCAACCUCUCAGACGAAGCACUCAAGAGGUGCGUCCCUCGUCGCGGCUGGGUGGAGGCGGCUGGCCAUCGGGCAGAAUGGGUGCCGCUGCUGGAACACGGCUAUCGGCACGAAAAGACAAGUCUACGGCGGAUGACAAGGAGGAUGUAACGAUGGAGGACGCUCGUCAGACGACGCCGCUCAGAAAUCGCAGCACUGGCGACGCCACGCCCAAGGCGGCGGGCAAGGACGAAGGCUUGCUGCCCAAUGUCGCACUGGGAUCGCCUGCGGAUCCGGUCAAGGGCGACAACAUCAAAGCAGCUGGAUCCGACGCAGCCGUUCGAGCCGACAGUAGCGCCUCCGAGAACAAUGUCUUUCCACCGGGGUCGAAAUCAGGGCCGGCCGAAAGGGCGACGCUCUCGGAACUUUCCAGGAGUAAUCCACAUGAGAGGUGCAACGCGGAGGAGGGUCCAGAGACGGCCGACGCGAAGAACGCGCGAGAUGGGGAGAAGGACGCUCAACCGAAUCAUGCAGCAGCGAUGGCGAAACUCGCUCAGAGCGCCAUGAAGGCUGCGUCCAAGUCGCCCAGCCUGGACAGAGAAGCCGCCCAGAUUAGUCCCGUGUUACAGGUCGCCGACUUGCUCAACAGCGCCCCGGCACCCGAGAAGGUCACCAAGCAGCCAUCAUCGGGCGCCUCCCAGGCCAAGCCGAACGAUGCUCGUCGACCUCUGCCCUCAGGGCCUGGCAUGACAGUGAUAGUGGCAGAACCAGCAACCAUUCCAAGGUCCUCCAUGUCGCAUGACAUGACCACCGGCAGUAGUAUUGGUGUCCGGAAGGAGGAUGCGAACCAGCAGCCGUCGGUGGAUCUCACCGUGCAAAGCAACCAGGAGGCCGAAACGCAACCCGCGAGGUGCGGAAGUGCAGGGAGCGGCGACAGUGCGGCCCGGCGAUCGGACCCUCGAAUGAGCAUCAGCAACGCCGUCGACGACCACAAGGACGAAGGAAUCAAGCGGACGGAGGCUGGCCUCCUUGAGAGAAACGCUACCGAGGACGGCAACAAUGGCGGCUUGUCAGGAAACAACACGUCCAGGAUUUUAGCGCACAUCGGCCUGACCAACGAUGCCCGAUGGCGAGCUGUCCGAACAUCGGAGUCGCCACAGAUACCGGUAGCGAUGGUUCAGUCACCAGUCAUCGACCGAGGCGAGGCAGCAUCGCCUGCACUCAGCGGCAAGAAGGAGGCGGAGACAUCGAUAGACGUUGCCGAGUUCCACGAAGGCGACAGGCACUGGGCGCAAGAGGGCAGGUUCCUGCGGUUCGUAUUGGAGGACGAGUCCAGCGGCAUUGCGAGAAGCGUCAAGGAAGACGGUAUGGAGGUGACGGUGGACGCCAGUCAAGUCAAGGCGGCGCAGAUGACGGGAUCGGAGGUUCGACUGGUGCUCAAGACGGGCGGUGAGCAACGGCUCGUGUUCAGCGCGAACGCACUGACGGGCAGUCAUCGCGGAGCCAGAAUGCAGACGGCCAAGUUCUACCGAUGGGUGACGGGUAGGAACACGGAGAUUGAGCACAUUGGCUGAGGUGGCGGAGGAGAGUAGUAGGACUGACGCUCGAAGUCUCGUUUACGAUGGACGACGGACGACAACUGUGACUUGAUAUCCGGAGUUGAGGAGACAGCCGGAUUAUUGCUCAGGAAGGGGCGGGGGGGCAGACUUGUUUUCUCCUUAGCGGCGUUGGGUUGCAGAACUAGAAUGGGCUCUCGCGAGACCCUCACACACGGAACUGGGUUUGAGCACUCGGGAGGCGGCCCUGUAGGUGUUUUACAUUUGGGGUUGUACGUUUUCUUUCUCUUCUUUUUCUGCUGCUUCUGCUUCUUCUAUGUAUUUUCUUUCUAUUUCUAGGCAGCGGAAAAAACAUGGCAGAGUUGAAGGACUGGCUAGGUACGGCGGUUUAUGAAGGAUGACAAGGUAUUGAAAACGAAUGUUUUCCCCGGAGCCGUGUUUGCUCAUCCAAGAUACAGAGUUACUCUUCUGUCCACUUCAAUUGCGGCCCUGCCUUUUUGCCUUUGUGAGAAUUGCCCAACAUGAUGGUUGACGUAGGUUAUUUGGGGUUGUUGACUUGACUCGGACCUGGCGAGUUGGAGAUGCACCUUUGUGUGUGGAUGCAUGCCGUUAGCUUCGGAUUCUUGUCUUGGAAAGGGCAAGGAAUGGUUGUUU